AGGUUAACUUCCGCAUAGUUCCCAACGACGCUAAAUGGCUAACUCAAGUGAAAUUCCCGAUUAUGAUAAGCCCUCAACUGAUGACUCCAUCUCAGUCAAAAUUAUUUGUCUGGGUGAUAGUGCAGUAGGGAAGUCAAAACUUGUAGAAAGAUUUCUUAUGGACGAAUACCAACCUCAACAAUUGUCUACUUAUGCAUUAACUAUGUUUAAAAAGAAAACGGAGGUUAAUGGAAAAGCGGUGAAUGUUGAUUUUUGGGAUACUGCUGGACAAGAAAGAUUCAGCAACAUGCAUCCUUCAUAUUAUCAUCAAGCGCAUGCAUGCAUUUUAGUUUUUGAUAUAUCUCGUAAAAUAACUUAUAAAAAUCUCUCUAACUGGUAUAAAGAAUUGCGAGAAGCCCGAGCUGAAAUACCAUGUUUAUGCGUCGCAAACAAAAUUGAUAUUGAUUAUAAUGUUACGAAGAAGAAGUUUAAUUUUUCUCAAAAACACAAAAUGCCCUUUUAUUUUGUAUCAGCUUCAGAUGGCACUAACGUCGUUAAGGUUUUCAAAGACACAAUUAAAGCAGCUGUGGCUUACAAAAGUAAUUCAACGGAUUUUAUGGACAUUGUUAUGAAAGAAUUGGAGUACUACGAAAAGAACGAUAAAAGUGAGGAUAGUGGUUUCGAUAAGGAUUAA